AUGGUUGGCGAAAAGGAGGAGGAGAAUGGAGGCGCCACCAAGACGCCCAAGGCAGCCGAUUUGCUCGAGCCCAAAGAGGAGUUGCUGAGCGCCGACGAAGGGGGCGAGGAGGAGUACGAGGAGGAGGACGAUGAUGAGCCCGACGAGGAGGAGGAGGAGCAGGACGACGAAGAGGAGGGCGAUGGCGAGGGGCACCAGCAGCCCAGUGGCAAUGAGAAUGGGACUGAAAAGGAACAGCAGCAGCAGCGAGUCCAGUCCAAUGAAUCACAGUCGAAGCGGCAGCAACAAAACUGGCAGCCAGCUGAUGCUGCUGAUGUUGCAGCAACAACCAAAGCCAAAGUUGGAGAAGGGGCCGCAGUUGCAACGGCAGAAGAACUACAACACCCUGGGGAUCCUUCUGUUGUUGCUGCUGCUGCUGCCACUGCUGGUGGUGCUGUGGCAACGUCUCUGGUUGUUGCAGCAGCAGUAGCCACGGGCAACGCCAAUGGGCACUGCAAGUCGAGGUCCACAUCCACUGGUUAA